UCCCGAUCUGAUUCCUGAUCCCUGAUUCCUUGAUCCUUGGUCCCGCCAUGGGAGCCUAAGCGCCCCCCAUUCCCCCCGGCCCCCUGCCCCCGGGGCCUUGAGGGGGAAGAGGCAGCGGUCUGGGACGGAGAGGGGGUGACCAGACUCAGGAGCCCCCCUCAACACCCCCCCAUCGUCCGCGCUGCCCGUCCGGGAGCGCGGAGUUCGGAGCGACCCGGAGCGCUGCGGAUACAAAGGCGCCGGGCCGAGUCGGGCGCCUGCCGAGCCCACCGGGCAGUUCGCAGCGGCGGGAGCGUCGCUUGAUUUUCUCUGAGACAAGCCCACCCGUCCAGCAAAAUAGAGUCCCUCAGGGUGACGGUUGAUUUCCUGAAGGUGCCCCUUGGCCUGAAGAAGCCGGUGCUGAAGGAGGUGGCUGUGGGGCCCCCCAAAAGGCCCCAGCCUGUGGCCCUGGAGCGCUACAAGGCGCGGCGUUCAGACGCCAUGGACACCGAGUCUCAGUACUCGGGCUAUUCCUACAAGUCGGGCCACUCCCGCAGCUCCCGCAAGCACAGAGACCGCCGGGACCGACACCGCUCUAAGAGCCGAGAUGGGAGCCGUGGGGACAAGUCGGUGACAAUCCAGGCUCCUGGGGAGCCCCUGCUGGACAACGAGUCCACGCGAGGGGACGAGCGGGAUGACAAUUGGGGGGAGACGACAACGGUAGUCACGGGCACCUCAGAGCACAGCAUCUCCCACGAUGACCUCACGCGCAUCGCCAAGGACAUGGAGGACAGUGUCCCGCUGGACUGCUCCCGUCACCUGGGGGUGGCGGCGGGGGCCACGCUGGCGUUGCUGUCUUUCCUCACGCCGCUGGCUUUCCUGCUGCUGCCCCCACUGCUGUGGCGGGAGGAGCUGGAGCCAUGCGGGACAGCCUGUGAGGGCCUCUUCAUCUCUGUGGCCUUCAAGCUGCUCAUCCUGCUGCUGGGCAGCUGGGCCCUGUUCUUCCGCCGGCCCAAGGCCUCCCUGCCCCGCGUCUUCGUGCUGCGCGCCCUGCUCAUGGUGCUCGUCUUCCUGCUUGUCGUCUCCUACUGGCUCUUCUAUGGCGUGCGCAUCCUGGAUGCCCGGGAGCGCAGCUACCAGGGCGUGGUGCAGUUUGCCGUGUCGCUGGUGGAUGCCCUGCUCUUCGUGCACUACCUGGCCGUGGUCCUGCUGGAGCUGCGCCAGCUGCAGCCUCAGUUCACGCUCAAGGUCGUGCGCUCCACCGAUGGGGCCAGCCGCUUCUACAACGUCGGUCAUCUCAGCAUCCAGCGCGUGGCAGUGUGGAUCCUGGAGAAGUAUUACCAUGACUUCCCUGUCUACAACCCUGCCCUCCUCAACCUGCCCAAGUCCGUCCUGGCCAAGAAAGUGUCUGGCUUCAAGGUGUAUUCCCUCGGAGAGGAAAACAGCACCAACAACUCCACGGGCCAGUCACGGGCUGUGAUUGCAGCAGCGGCUCGGAGGCGGGACAACAGCCACAACGAGUACUACUACGAGGAGGCUGAGCACGAGCGGAGGGUGCGCAAGCGGAGGGCCAGGCUUGUGGUGGCGGUGGAGGAGGCCUUCACUCACAUUAAGCGGCUGCAGGAGGAGGAGCAGAAGAACCCCAGGGAGGUAAUGGACCCCCGGGAGGCAGCCCAGGCCAUCUUCGCAUCCAUGGCCCGGGCCAUGCAGAAGUACCUCCGGACCACCAAGCAGCAGCCUUACCACACCAUGGAGAGCAUCCUGCAGCACCUUGAAUUCUGCAUCACGCAUGACAUGACGCCCAAGGCCUUCCUGGAGCGAUACCUGGCAGCCGGACCCACCAUCCAGUACCACAAGGAACGCUGGCUGGCCAAACAGUGGACACUGGUGAGCGAGGAGCCGGUGACCAACGGGCUCAAGGAUGGCAUCGUUUUCCUCUUAAAACGCCAGGACUUCAGCCUGGUGGUCAGCACCAAGAAGGUCCCCUUCUUCAAACUCUCUGAGGAAUUUGUGGAUCCCAAGUCGCACAAGUUUGUCAUGAGGCUGCAGUCCGAGACCUCGGUGUGACUGUGCAACAGCAGGGGCAGUGGGAGACGCGGGGGGCUCCUGAGGGUGGUGGGUGGGAGCUUGGCUCCCAGGCCACAUUCCUGCCGCCCUUCUUCCUCUUGCUCUUGGUUUUUUUACUUGAAUUAACUUAUCCCCCUCCCUGACUCCUCCCCUCUUCCUUAUUGACCCCACGGGAACCGGGAGAGACUGUCCUGCCAUCAAUAGUACCUGAGAAGUUCCCUCUCUUUUUCCUGGAACCCCCUCACUUUUGUAAUCACUCCAGGUCCUGCAGGAAUCAGUGCCUCUCUCCCUUUUUGCCCUGGUGACAGUCCUUCUGAAAGGGCACAGGGCCCUCCUGAGCCCCCACUCACGAACCCUAGUUCUUGUAGCAGUUCUCUCCAAUGGCCCCCGACUGGCUGUCUCUGGGAGGCACAGAUGUGACUCCAGAGAGCCACGGUGCCAAACUCCUCCAGCGCAGCAGCUUGCCGCGGCCUCCAGACAGCGGGUGAAUCCGCCCCUUUUGCCCACUCACCCUACCUGUAACAAACCCUGAGUUCUGGGACAGCACUCCUGUGUCCUCCCACACAGUCCCAGAGUCAUGGGUCUCUCUGCUAGGGUUAUUUGUUUCCAGCUGUUAGAGCCUCCUUUCCCCAUCCUCAUAAAUUCAGAGCAAGGGAAGAUCCCAUCCUUUAAGCCUGACAUCUCUCUGUUUCUAUUUGUAUGGUCUCAUGUGACUGCAGGCAAACUGAGGCGGAAACCCUCUCUGACCACUUUUCCUGGGCCUUCAGGGACAGUACCUUUCUGCCACUGGGUCUUCCUAGGCAGCCUCUGAGGGAAGGGCAGGAGAGACCCCUGUGAACAUCACUGACCCCUACCCUCUGAACCUGCCCACACCUUCAUUCCCGCCUUGGUGGGGGAGGUUUCCCUUCCCAGUGAAGGAUGGCAUGUAGACUCCUGUACAGAUUUAGUGGCUUGCAGACCCUGACCUAACCUCUAUUGUUGUCUUAGACAAACGUUUUUCUUUCUUUCAGCAGCCACCCCCAGUCCCGCUGUCUCUUCUCUCAGCUCCGGAGACCUGUUGCCUCAUCUCUUUUUGGGGGGGAGCCAGCAGCUCCUCCUCAUCCCCUGCCUUAAGUCCACUUCUUUGCCUCAGGGGUCUCUUUUCCUUGGCUGGCCAGGAUCCCCUCGUCUUCAUUCCCUGCCUGGCUCUCUGGGCUCUGGUCUCCCUCUGUACCAGGUGAGGGACCAGGAUCGCUGCCUUUUGUGGGUACUUAGCCCCUCACCUAUUUAGCUUCUGUAGUCUUUGCACCCGAUAUGAAUUCUCAAGAGUUUAAGUCUCAUUUUGAGCAAAAUUUGCUGACCCUCUAAUACAUAUUUUCAUUGUAAAUUUGAGCCUUUUAAUCAGACACCUUUAAAUUAUGUAAUUUUAACCAAGGGGAAUAGAACUGGGAAACACCCAUAUACCUCCAGCCAGGAUCCACGUGGAGGAUGGUUCUGCUGGCUGGGCUGGAGCUUGCCUCUGGCCCAGUCCUCUAAACAAUUCACAAUGCCGCUUUGUAGGCCGAUCUUUCUCCUGAAAAAUUCACUGGCUCUUGCCUUGUGGCGUGCCCCCUGAGAUAUGAUCUCCAUUGAUCUCUUACCAGGGAGGCGUCCUGUCUGUAUAGUGGCAGCCUGGGCAUGAUGGAGCCUAGUGGUUGGGGUUUUUCCUUCUGUCCUUUCUGAAAAAGCACAUCUGUCCACCCACCACUUACUAGAGAAGGGCUCUUCAGCCAGUGUUUACCUUGUCCCACAGGGGUGGGUUGUGGGGCUGACUUAGGCAGGACCUGGAGAUCAGCCUUGGGCUGGGGCUGUGGGUUUUGGAUAGGCCUGAGUGAAAUACAUCCUGUCCUGGGGUCCCGGGAAGGUAUCUUUUCUUCUCUUCAAAGACCUGGUUUCAGAGGAGUCCCUUCAGGGUCACGUUUCUAAAUACCUCACUAUCCUGGAGAAGAGGGCCUGGAUGGUGAUUGGGGUGAUUGCCUUUGUGGGCAGGAGUGGGGCGUGGUGUGGUUUGAGGAACGAAUUGGGGCGGGGAGAGGGAAAGUAUUUCGGAUCUUAGUUGCUGCCCUAGGUUAGGGACGGGGGAGUGUUUAUUUUAAGAACCUGCCAUGUUUUUAAUCACUGUGAUUUUUUCAUUCCUUUUUUUUAAGACAAAAAGAAAUUCUUUCCCCCCAAACUCUCUCUCUAAGCACUAAGGGCUGUGACUGAGAAUGGUAGUGUUUUGGUCCUUUGCGUCAGAACUGUGGUAUCUUUGUCUUCUUUGAUUAUUAUUAUUAUUAUUUUUUAAAAUGUCAGGAUGGAUCGUCAAGUGUAUGGCUGUGUUUGUCUUUUGCUUCUCCUAUAUGGGAAGUUGUCUUCAUGCUGUGAACUGCUGUGGGGUGUGCAGCUGACUCAGUCCCUCUGAGCUGUGUCCUCCACUAGGCCUGUCCCAUCACGUGCGGGAUUUCCUCAUUCUUCCCUUGUGGGGGUGUGCCCACCUAUUGUCCCCACUGAUCCCCCAUACCACCGUAGGGGAUGCUGUGGGUGGGUCUCUCUAGGGUUCUUUUUUCUAUAACUACAUGGCAUCCUAGUUCGUCCCUGCCAUACCUCCUAGGCCUUUCUUUUCAUCGCCUUGGACCGCUUGUCCUUCCCUCCACACCAGGACGCUGUGCCUCAGUCCUUCACCUACCUCGCCUCUCUGCCACCAUCCCCAUUGGUCCCUUUCUCUUAAACUACUCUUCAUGCUCUCUGUUUAUUCUCGUUUACAGUCAUGUGUUGCUUAAUGACAGGGAUACGUUCUGAGAAAUGCGCCAUUAGGUAUGUACUUACACAAACCUAGAUGGUAUAGCCUCCUAUGCACCUAGGCUAUAUGGUACUAAUCUUAUGAGACUACCGUCAUUUAUGUGGUCCAUUGUUGAUCAAAACAUCGUUAUGUGCCUGUGACUGUAUUUUCUUUCAGUCUCUCAUUUUUUUUCCCCCAUCCCCGUCCAUUUCAGCCCUUAGUUUUUCCUUCCCCAUCCCAUCCCAGUAUUCCUGUUGUAAACCCUGAUACAGUACCUGUGUUGAGAUGUUGGGAUCCUGGAACCCUCUCAUCUGAAAUAUCCAUUUCCUAGAGUUUGUGCUUCUCUCUUUCUCUCUUGGGCCUGGACGAGCUCCCUCGCCCCUCCGUCAUGUCUGUCCAUCUGUCUGUCAUCUGUUUCCUCUGCUCUCCCCACGGGGCAGCGUCUGCUGAUGGAUUCAGUCUGGUGUGUGAUUGUUGUGAUGUCUUCUAUGUGCGAAAGGAAGGGGCUUUUUGAGUCCCUCCAAGUGAGAUUGUAAGUGUAGAAUUUUCCACUGUUGGAUCUAGAUUUUUUUUUUCUUUUUUUUUGGGUUACAGAGCUGAGACCUUGUGCAUGCAUGUAGAAAAUUGUAAAAUGUAAAUUUUUUUUUAAUAUAUAAAAAGCUUGUUUUUACAGUUUGCAGUGGAUCUAAACAUUAUGGCAAUUUUAGGGAUUUUUUUUCUUAAACAUAGGAACUAAAACUGUAAAAAUUUUUUUUAUAUAAAAUAAAGACAUUUGACUUUUG